ACGCACCCACCCACCCGACCGCGCCGCCGCCCCCGUCUCCUCCCACCUCUCUCCCCUCCGGCCGGAUCGGCGAAACCUCCUCCCCCGCCUCCCGCCGCCCACUCCUCCCCCGCCGUCCCCGAGCAACAGCAGCAGCGCUCCGCGUCCGCGCUCCUGGCUUCCGCUCAGGAAAGUAAAUUUCAUUAGACUUGAAGAUGUACUCCGCUCCAGGCAACAAUUCUCUGGCCCUAGCAGCCCCACGGCCAGGAAUGGAGCUGGGCAACGUGCAACAACAUCCCAACCAGGCUUUUGGCCUUGGACCUGGUGGGAAACAACGCUCAUCCAGUCUGGAGGCGCCGAUAAUGCUACUCACAGGCCACCAGAGCGCUGUCUACUGCAUGAAGUUCAACCCUGCUGGAACUGUGAUAGCAUCAGGCUCCCAUGACAAGGAUAUCUUCCUGUGGUAUGUCCAUGGUGAGUGUAAGAACUACAUGGUACUGAGGGGGCACAAGAAUGCUAUCCUUGACCUUCACUGGACCACUGAUGGGAGCCAGAUAAUCUCUGCAAGCCCUGACAAGACUUUGAGGGUCUGGGAUGUUGAAACUGGCAAGCAGGUUAAGAAGAUGGCUGAGCACGCAUCGUUUGUCAACUCAUGUUGCCCGUCACGCAAGUGGCCACCUCUUGUUGUGAGUGGAUCGGACGACGGUACAGCAAAGCUCUGGGACCUGCGUCAGAGAGGGGCUAUCCAAACACUUCCAGACAAGUUCCAGAUUACCGCCGUGAGCUUCUCAGAGGCUGCAGAUAAGGUUUUCACUGGUGGCCUGGACAACGACGUCAAGUGGUGGGAUCUUCGCAAGAAUGAAGUCACAGAAUGUCUCAAAGGGCAUCAGGACAUGAUAACUGGGAUGCAGCUUAGUCCUGAUGGGUCCUACCUCCUCACAAAUGCAAUGGACAAUGAGCUCAAGAUCUGGGAUCUGCGCCCUUACGCACCAGAGAACCGCAACAUCAAGACCUUUACAGGGCAUCAACACAACUUUGAGAAGACCCUGUUGAAGUGCAGCUGGUCACCUGACAAUCGCAAGGUCACUGCUGGGAGUGCUGAUCGCAUGGUCUACAUCUGGGACACGACAUCGAGGCGGAUCUUGUACAAGCUUCCUGGGCACAACGGUUCCGUCAACGAAACCGCUUUCCACCCCACCGAGCCUAUCAUUGGGUCUUGCGGUAGCGACAAGCAGAUUUAUCUCGGGGAGCUUUAGGACGCCAUCACUUCCUCAGCUAGGAGUUCAUGUAAUAUUUGGGUAUGAAAGAGAACUGAAGACCGCAGGUACCAUGUUGCUCUGUCUGAGACAUUGAAUGCUGGAUUGCUGAUCGAAUUUUCAAACUGCUACUUGUUCAGUACC